GAGUCCGCUUUAUAAAAGUCAGGGUGACAAUCGGUGCCAUUCUGCCAGUUACUCAUGAUGCUGACGCUGGGGAUUUUGAUAGCUGUUGCUUUGUUUCUAGAGACGGCCUCUGCGGCCUCUCUUGGUGUGGUGCAGACCGAGGGAGGGAAGGUUGAGGGAAAAUCGAAGAGUCUGGGAUCAGGCCGAUCCAUGGAUAUCUUCUUGGGGAUUCCCUUUGCUGAUGCUCCUGGAACAUUUGAGAAACCAAAGCCUCACCGUGGUUGGGAUGGUAUUCUACAGGCCACAGACUACAAGCCCAGAUGCCUUCAGUUGAACCUUGUGAUGACUGACUACAUCGGCAGUACAGACUGCCUGUACCUUAACAUCUGGGUUCCUCAUGGCAGCUCAGUAUCUGCCGGUCUCCCUGUCAUGGUUUGGAUCUAUGGAGGAGGCUUCCUGGUUGGAGGCUCCAUGGGUGCGAACUUCCUGGAUAAUUACCUGUACAGCGGACAGGAGAUUGCAGACAGAGGGAAUGUUAUUGUAGUGACGGUGGGGUACCGUGUGGGAACACUGGGUUUCCUGAGCAGUGGAGACUCUGGCUUGCCUGGAAACUACGGUUUGUGGGAUCAGCAGGCUGCCAUUGCUUGGGUACACAGAAACAUCCGCUCAUUUGGAGGUGACCCUGGCAACAUCACCAUCUUUGGGGAAUCUGCAGGUGGAGCUAGUGUUAGCUUCCAGACUCUCACUCCCCACAAUAAAGGCAUCAUCAGGAGAGCCAUCUCCCAGAGUGGAGUGGCACUUUGCCCCUGGGGAAUCAACAAGAACCCUCGCAAGUUCGCUGAGGAGGUUGCUCAGAAGGUCAAGUGCCCAACUGAUAACAGAAUGGCUGCCUGUUUGAAGAUGGCUGAUCCUGGAGCCCUAACACUGGCAGGCACUAUCAGUUUGUCCGGUUCACCCGAUAACCCCAUUGUCUUCAACCUGAUCCUGUCUCCUGUGAUUGAUGGGGACUUCUUGCCAGAAGAUCCUUCCCACUUGUUCCACAAUGCAGCUGAAAUUGAUUACAUUGCUGGAGUCAAUGACAUGGACGGGCAUAUUUUCACUGCUUUAGAUGUUCCGUCAAUCAACUCGGAUCUAAUUAGCACCCCUAUUGACGAUGUGAGGAGGCUCUUGGGAGCGUACACAAAGGAGAAGGGCACGGUUGGUCUGAACAAUGCCUACUCCACCUAUACUUCAAACUGGGGAAGCAAUCCCAGCCAGGAGACCAUCAAGAAAACCAUUGUGGGAGUAGGAACGGACUACAUCUUCCUGGUUCCUACACAGGCUGCCCUUUAUCUACAUGCUGACCAUGCCACAACUGGGCGCACCUACUCCUACCUCUUCUCUGAGCCCAACCGUAUGGGUGGUCUUAUCAUGCCCUACCCAAGCUGGAUGGGAGCUGACCACGCUGACGACCUGCAGUACGUGUUUGGAAAGCCCUUCACCACACCACUUGGAUACUGGCCAAGCCAUCGCCGUGUCUCCGGCGCCAUGAUCUCCUACUGGACCAACUUUGCCAAAACUGGAGAUCCCAACAACGGAGGCUCAAGCGUGCCUGUUAACUGGCCAACGUUCACCAGAAGUGCACCACAGUUCCUGGAGAUCCAUUCUGAUAUGGACAACAACUACGUGCAACAGAAAAUGAGGAUGCCUUACGUGAAUUUCUGGACCAGGAUCCUGCCCAGCCUUCCCACAGUUGUUUCAGAAUAAGCAUCAUGUGCUGUCACCUGUGGAUAUGUGUAGACAAGUAUUGCAUCACUAGCUCAUAAAAAAUAAAUGGAUAGCAGACAAAAAUA